UGUUCUGCUCCUCCGCCGCUCUGGAGAUUAGCGCAGCGGCGGUAAUCUGUUCAGCACCGCGGAACAGGCGGCCAUGAAUCCUCCACCAAGUUCCCUGCAAGGGAACCGCCGCCGACCCAAACCACAGUGAAACCAGUUCGAGUGGUUCCGGAGGAAAAGUUGGGCUGGAAAUGAUUCUAAAAUGUAUUUCUGAUUAGUAGAAAGCAGGGAAUCCCGGGACAGCCGCCUCAGAUUUGAGAACUGGAAGGAAUCUGAUGAUCAGGUGAACAGAAGCGGAGUUUUGAAGGAAGCAGAGGAGAAGGUUCGGCUGUGCGCUCCGAACCGGACCGGACCGUGAGGAUGGAGAUCCGGCCGGACAGGUUCAAAGCUGCAGCAGCAAAAACUCUGGGGAAGAUUUACGGGGCGCUGGAGAAGAAGCAGGAAAAUGGCGAAACCAUCGAGCUGUCGGCGGAGGGCCGGCCGGAGCUGGUGCAGGAGAAGGAGAUGCCGGUGGUGGACUGCACCUGCUUCGGCCUGCCCCGCCGCUACAUCAUCGCCAUUCUGUCCGGGAUCGGCUUCUGCAUCUCGUUCGGCAUCAGGUGCAACCUGGGCGUGGCCAUCGUCAGCAUGGUCAACAGCCACACCGUCUUCAGGGACAACAAGGAGGUCAUCGUGAAAGCUCAGUUCACCUGGGAUCCAGAGACGGUGGGGAUGAUCCACGGUUCCUUCUUCUGGGGUUACAUCGUCACGCAGAUCCCCGGAGGUUUCAUCUGUCAGAAGUUUGCAGCAAACAGGGUGUUUGGCUUCGCCAUCGUCGCCACUUCCUGCCUGAACAUGCUGAUCCCCACGGCGGCGCGGAUGCACUUCGGCUGCGUCAUCAUCGUGAGGAUCUUUCAGGGCCUGGUGGAGGGCGUCUCCUACCCGGCCUGCCACGGCAUCUGGGCCAAAUGGGCCCCGCCGCUGGAACGGAGCCGCCUGGCCACGACGGCCUUCUGUGGCUCGUAUGCGGGCGCAGUGAUCGCCAUGCCGCUGGCUGGAAUCCUGGUCCAGUACUCAGGAUGGUCCUCCGUCUUCUAUGUCUACGGGAGCUUCGGGGUCAUGUGGUACUGCUUCUGGAUCCUGGUUUCGUACGAGAGUCCGGCGGCUCACCCCACCAUCACGGAGGAGGAGCGGACGUACAUCGAGGAGAGCAUCGGCGAGUCGGCUCAGCACACGGUGACGAAGUUCAACACUCCGUGGAAAUCGUUCUUCACCUCCAUGCCGGUCUACGCCAUCAUAGUGGCCAAUUUCUGCCGCAGCUGGACUUUCUACCUGCUGCUCAUCAGCCAGCCCGCCUACUUUGAGGAAGUGUUUGGCUUCGAAAUCAGCAAGGUGGGAAUAGUUUCUGCUCUGCCUCACCUGGUGAUGACCAUCAUCGUUCCCAUCGGAGGCCAAAUCGCCGACUACCUACGCACCAAUCAGAUCAUGACCACCACAAACGUCAGAAAGAUCAUGAACUGUGGAGGGUUCGGGAUGGAGGCCACCCUCCUGCUGGUGGUCGGCUUCUCGCACACGAAGGGCGUCGCCAUCACCUUCCUGGUUCUGGCGGUGGGAUUCUCUGGGUUCGCCAUUUCAGGUUUUAACGUCAACCACCUGGACAUCGCGCCGCGAUACGCCAGCAUCCUCAUGGGGAUCUCCAACGGCGUGGGCACGCUGUCCGGCAUGGUGUGCCCGCUGAUCGUGGGCGCCAUGACCAAAAACAAGACGCGGGAGGAGUGGCAGGGCGUGUUUCUGAUCGCCUCACUCGUUCAUUAUGGCGGCGUUAUAUUUAUGGUGAGUAUUUUUGCGUCUGGGGAGAAGCAGCCGUGGGCCGAACCGGAGGAGCUGAGCGUGGAGAAGUGCGGCAUCCUGGACGAGGACGAGCUCGCCAACGAGACGGAGGAGCUGUACCGCUCCAGCGGAGGAGCCGGCUACGGCGCCACCACCCAGGGCUCCGACCCCAACGGAGGCGGCGGCGGCUGGGUCUCCGACUGGGACAGAACCGAGGAGUACGUCCAGCCGGCCGGGACCAACAGCUACGCUUCCGGAGGCGAGUCAGAGUUCACAUAGAAACACGAACAGCUCAGCAGCUGCGUGGAAACACUGGAGGCUUUUCAGGAAGCCCGACCUUUGAACUUUGAAGACAUUUAAAGUGAGGAUGGUAGAUAAAUGUGUGUCUGUGUGACUGCAGUUAGGAAUCAGAAGCCUUUUGCAAACUGUCACUGGAAUCAGGCUUGUUGUUGUUCAAGAUGAGGCGUCCAUCUUGAAUAGCGGCAGGCCGGGUUGGUUUUUAUUGGUUUGAUGGUCAUUUAAACUUGAGUUUUUAUAGAUUGGAUGUUUUAUCCACUGAAACAUCACAGCCUCACAGACACAUAACUGAAUAUAAAUAAUGCUUAAUCCAGAGUUUGGUUAAGCCAUGGAAAAUGUAGCGAUUCGUCACUUGUUACACAGAAACUCACAUCACCAUGAACACCAAGAGCUUCAUUUACCUGACAGCCAUUUUCAGUCUGGAAGGAACCAGGAAGAGUCCAGACUCCACGUGUUCAAAGGGACAAAAUGGAAACUGGAUGUAAAAACACAUCAGAGGAAAUGAAGCAACAGCGCCUUCAUUGUGGUUUCUGCCGUUUCCUCCCUGUUUGAAUUCAGAACAUUUCAUAUUUUGUUCUCCAUAUGCAGAACAAUGGAAAUUCAUCCAUUUCAUACCUGAAGCAUUUCAAAUCAAAACAACUGAAACCGACAAACUUUAUGAGCAGUACUUCAGUCAGAUUGCUAUUGUUGUGCUAAGCUAGCUCUAGCCGAUUAGCAGGUGAAAGGUUAACUUUAGCUAAAGUAACUGAACUCAUUCUCCAUAUAAAAAUAAGUCAUUAUUGCACAGCGCAGCUUCACCAACAUGAUUUUGCCGUUUUGGGCAUCAAAGUAAAAUAUUUAUUGAUUCAGACCAACGAUGGGAAACGUCCAGCAGACUGGCAACUAAAGAUUUAGUUGCCAAAGUUCUUAGGCAACUAAGUCCUGAAUAUUACUGUAAUAUUCAGCAUUUGUCUACUGUAAGGAUGUGAUUUUAUGAUCAAAUAUGUUUAUUUGGUCAUAAAAUCACAUUUCCGUUAUAAUUAUAAAUAUAAUAUAAUCACAAUAAUCUUUUUUAUUUAUGUUAUUUAGAACCAAAAUAAAUGAAAUUAAGAGUAAAAUAUAAAAUAUUCAGGUAAUUGUGUAAACCUGCUACACAUUAUCUACACAAAAAAUUAACACAAUUAUACCAAAGAAAAAUGAGCCAAUUAAAGCUAACAAAGCCUAAAAUGACUUUACCUGACAGUUAAAUUUGAAUUAUAAAGUUAAAAGCACUGUAUGAAAUAGUUGUUUUAUUUACUUCAUGACCAGUUUUUCAGUCAGUGUCUGAAUGUUUAGCAUAGCUAGCAUUAGCUUGUACUAACUACUUAGGAGCUAACAAGCUAACGUUAGCAGAAGUGAAAAAAGUUGUUUUGUGAUGUGAUUAUUACUGUGACAUUAUCAUUAUUACCCUGCAAAACCUUUUCUGUCAUCCUGAAUGUGAGGUCGGAUCUGGUCGCUGUUGGUCUGUAGUUCAAAAUGGCCGCCUGGUAGUUUAUUCUGUAACUGGGUAAACUGGGUCAUUUCUGACCUGGAGUUUGGAUUAAAGACGUAACCCAGCAGGUUUCUGCGUGAACAUUUCUCUUGGGUGAAAAUUUGACUAAAUCUAAAGUUUUUUUAGAUUUAGAUUUAGCAAAAGUUUUUGCAAAAUAUGGUUUUAAUCUUUUAUCCUUUAAGAAAAGCAUUGUGCCAAUACAACAAAAUAAUGAUGUAUUCUGUAGUAUUGGUUUAUGAGGAAGUGAACAGUUGCAGAUCUGUGAGUAGUGAUGUAGAUGAAAAUGACUUUGUAAAAUGAACAGAAAAUACAAAAGUCUUUGACCUUUUUUUCUAUUGAAGGAAAAUUGUUGUGCAAAAAUAACAUCAUCUUCAUAAAUUAGUGUCUGACUUUGGGUUCUUCACAAUUCUGUUUUCGUUCAAAUCCAUGAUUUUAAUUUCUGUUAAAUGUGUUUUAUAUGUCAUAUGUUUAUUUAUGUUAUUUAUUGUUCAGCAGCUUCGUCUGGCGUCAGCACAGAUCUAAACCCGAUCCAGGAAAAGCACAAACAGCAGCAGCACAUUAAGUCUUAUCUCUCUGACGGACUCUGACAUAAACGAGCCGAUAAAUCAAUUAACUGGUGUAUUGUACAAACGCACACAGUUUAUUUUUAGUCGCAUGUUCUCAUAUAUUCAUAUUCUAAAUAAAGGGUGGUUCCGUCAUGCUGAGCGAAGUGAAGAGAAAAACGUUUUGAUUUUUCAACUGAUUCAUUUGUGAAACUGAACUGUUUAAAAAAAAUCCUGUGUAUGUGGAAAUGUUGUAUAAUAAAAGGUAGAAGUGUU